AAGUCAGUUUUUGCCACAGCUGCCCGCUCCACCUACUCAACUGGCAUUACCAGCCCCACCGCCGGCACCGACAAUACAAGGUGCUCAACUGGCCCUGACGUACCCAGGACAGUUCCCUAUGCAACAAUAGGGCUGCCCGAGUGGCCUCAACAUGCAGGGUCUGGCAGAUCCCUGCAUCCCGGUGAUGGUGGAAGGACAGACCCUUCAGUUCAUGCUGGACACUGGAGCAAGGUACUCUACAAUUUGUGAACUUCCUCCACGCCUCGGUGUCACCAACCGCACCGUCACUCUCGUUGGCUUCUCGGGACUGCCUGAUUCUCUGCCAUUAACCGGCCCUGCCAUCGUUGAGGUAGGCAAACAAAGACUUGAACAUUCUUUUGUGUUUUCAUCAAAGUGCCCACUAAAUCUCAUGGGGAGAGACUUGCUCAUCAAAUGCGGAGCUUGCAUUUGGUGUACAACAAAAGGACUGCGAGUGACCUUUCCUGAUGGAACUAAGUAUGAGUGUGCGCACUGGUCUGGAAAGGCAUACACCAUGCUCUCCACCCUCCCGGCGGCUGAACAAGAACAAUACGCUGACAUUUAUUGGGCGGUCCUGAACCCGGAGCCACCGGCUGAGGCAGGGGUGCGCGCGCUGUUUCAGCUUUGGUCCCCCUGGCUGUUGACCUUGUACCCCUUUGAUCAGCCAGCGGACCCACUGCAUUGUACAUUGUACUAUGAUCGCACAUCCAAUUUGGUUUAUCAAGAGGCUUUUGCCAAACAAAGUGAGGGACGCCAAUGGAAAUUGGUGUCUGAUUUUUUGUAUAUAACUACCAAAGGCAUUGCCUCGCAUGUAUCCUUGACGCCUGAACAGGGGGAUUGGUAUGAGAUGAGCGCGUUCGCGGAGCCUCACAUCACGCUUGCGAUCGGGGCACAACAUCAGGCGAAGGAUUUGGGACCUAUGGUAAAGCAGUGUGUACAAGCUAAAGAUUGGGUCCCAACUUCCUUGCCGUCCGUCGAAUAUUCUGUGUCUGUGUCAGCCUAUCGAAUUCCGGCAAACACAUUGAAUUCCUCGGUUUUGGAACAUCAACAAAUUUCACGAGAGCACGGGUGCGAGAGAACCGAUCAUCCCAGAGCCGAGUCCAUGCUUGUGUCACUACCGGGGGGGGCUGUGGUCGCGGGGCCCGACGGACUCUGGCAGAACCAGUACCGCCGGGAUCCAGAAGCAGAGGAGGGAAUUCGAGAGACUAUCGCGGGCCUAAAAACAUCGGGGGUGUUGGAGUACUCUCAGUCAUCAUGGAACACUCCCAUCCUGCCUGUGGAAAAAGUAGCAGGAGGGUAUCGUAUGGCACACGAUCUCAGACGCAUUAACACCAUCGUCAUUACUCCAACGAGUCCGGUACCAAAUCCAUUUACAGCCCUCAGUAUAAUUGAUCACACGCAUGCGUUCUUUACCGUGAUUGAUUUGGCAAACGCAUUAUUUUGCCUUCCCCUAGCUGAGGAAGUGCGUGAUAUCUUCUCAUUCACAUAUGAGGGGGAACAACUCCGCUACACAAGAUUACCUCAAGGUUUUUUGCUGUCACCAGGAAUCUUUAAUCAAGUGUUGAAAGACCUUUUGUCUCCACUCACCUUGCCUAGCGGCGUGGUAUUGAUUCAGUAUGUGGAUGACUUGUUGCUGGCGGCACCCACAGACACCGCAUGCCUGGAAGCCACUGAUUUGCUAUUGUUACAUCUACACAAAUGUGGUUUCAAAGUUUCUAGGGAAAAAUUACAAUGUUGCCGGGCGACAGUGUCCUUUUUGGGGCGAAUUUUGUCACGAACAGGGACCGCCAUCUCACCCACACACCGUGAAUCAAUUUUAUCACACCCUAGACCACAAACUGUGCGGGACAUCCUGUCAUUUUUGGGACUGGCAGGCUAUAGUCGUAGUUAUGUGGCAGACUAUGGAGAACUGACAGCACCUUUGCGAGCUCUGGUUGCGGCGAAGGGAAUGCGCAACCGGACUGCAGUUCUGGAUUGGGACACCCAGUCCGAGAGCGCGUUCAUCUCGCUCAAGCAGGCGCUGGCUACAGCAGCAGAGCUACACCGACCAGACUACACAAAAACUUUCUAUUUGGACGUGUCUGAAAAGACCGCCACUAUUGGCGGCGUUCUGUUUCAAAAAGAGGGAGGGGACAGACAAGUCUUGAUGUACACAAGUGUACAGCUAGACCAGACGGAAAAAAGGCACCCACCAUGCACCAGAUACGUGGCAGGACUGGCAAAAAUCUUGCAGAAAACUGCACACAUUGUGAUGCUUCACCCACUUACAGUACUCACAACACAUAGUGUAAUGGCAUUCGUAACAUCCACGGCAUUUACACUAUCCCCAUUGAGACAAGGCCGGGUAGAGAAGAUUGUGAGUGCACCACAUAUUACAUACACACACAAGGGCAUCAACAUGGCAGACGCGAUUUUGGAAGGGGAAUGGCAUCAGUGCGAAAGGAGAGCAGUGGAGCAGUCUAAGAUCAGACCAGAAAUACAAGGGAACGCAUACCCGGAUGCGGAAAUGAAUUUGUACACGGAUGGUUGUUGUUUCAGAGAUCCCAAAGCAGGAGGCUUACGGACCGCCUAUGCAAUAGUGGAGCAAAACAUGCAGGGUCAGUUGAAGGUUAGAGAAACAGAAAAACUGGAAGGGACACAAUCGGCACAGCGAGCGGAGCUCAGAGCCGUGGUAAGAGCUUUAGAAUUGGCAGAAGGGAAAAGUGUGAAUGUGUAUACAGACUCGGCAUAUGUUUGUGGAGUUGUACAUGUGGAAUUGAUGCAAUGGCUGAGAGCAGGGUUUUUAACAGCAACAGGGAAGCCAAUUAAGCAUCAGGAGGAAGUGAUGAGGUUGCGGGAGGCAGUGAUGAAGCCCAGCAAGGUCGCGGUGAUCAAAUGCAAAGGACAUAGUAAGGGCACGACUUGGGUAGAGAAAGGAAAUGAGGCCGCGGAUCAGGCGGCCAAACAGACAGCAGGGUACCAUCCGGUAUACCAAAUGUUGAGCACUGAGGUAAAUCCAGUUGAGAUGUUUCCGAAAAUAACGAUAGAGAACUUGUUAGAAGACCAAAAACAUGCUUCUCCAGAAGAAAAAACAGCUUGGAAGGCUAACAGAGCUUCCAAGGAUGACACUGGCUUGUGGCGGCACCCAGACGGACGUCCUAUUCCCUCGGCUCGACGGCUCCAUGUCCUGGUAGAGGAGGCGCAUGGGGCAGCACACGUGGGUAAGACGCAGAUAACACGAUCACUUUUGCACUGGUGGCACCCACACAUGCGAGACACAAUUGACAGGGUGGUGGAUAAUUGCCAGGUGUGUCAAUUGCACAAUAUUCGGCCAACUAUGAAACCUCUCCAAGGCACGUUUCCAUUGCCCCGGCAACCGGGUGAGGAAAUACAAAUUGAUUUCACUGAUAUGCUUGAUCGGGUGGGAGGACAGCGAUAUUUGCUGGUGAUUGUGGACACCUUCACACGAUGGCCCGAGGCAUACCCAUGCAAACGCGAGGACUCGGCCUCUGUCAUCAAGGCUUUGGUGAACCAGUAUAUUCCAACACACGGCUUUCCUCGGCGUAUUCGAUCAGAUAACGGACGCCAUUUUAAAAACAAACAUCUUCAAACGGUAGAAAAAAUUCUGGGACUCAAACAUGUUUUCGGAACCGUCUACCGCCCACAAUCCCAAGGGAAGGUCGAAAGGAUGAAUCAGACCCUAAAAAGCAGAAUGGCCAAAAUAAUGGCCGGAACAAAAUUGACAUGGCUGGAUGCGCUACCGCUAGCAUUGUUGUCUAUUCGAAGCUCAGUCAGUUCACAGACCAAGUUCACGCCAUACGAGCUCUCUCGAGGACAGCAGUUCCCCGGACCAGCGGCAGGAACAGGGACGGAGGAAAUGGAGCCCCUCAGGUAUAAGCCGUACUUCGAGGCGCUCAACCGUCUUGUUCGAUUAUUCUCCAAACAGGUCGGCACAACAGGGAAAAGCAGUGAGCACCUGGUGGAGACUCUCACAACCUCAUGGGUCUACUUGAAAAGUUUGAAGAGAAAGUGGGCCGAGCCGAGAUGGACCGGUCCAUACGAAGUAACCGAGAGGACGUCACACGCCCUCCGCUUGAAGGGAAAACUCAUCGUUGUAAUACCGCUCGUGGCCAUUUUCAAAUUCCAAUGCAUUAAUGGGCCUACGAGACAAGAGAUGCAAGUAACAUUAAGGUGGCGUCGGGAACAGCCGCCAGUCAAACAGGCUGACACGUGCUUGGAACGAUUUAGAGGGCUGUCCCUGGACUACACCCUGGGCACCUCACGAACCUACCAGUUUGAUGUGUGCCAAGAGGGAUUACGAACACAUACGGGUUUUUGGUGACCUCAGUUUAACUGAGGUCAACAGAGGGUGUGAAGGAAUAGGGUCAAAAGACACAAAACCCGCCUAGCCACAAUACCAGAUACGCUCACAUCUCUUUGGAU